AUGUUUGGCAAGUUCGAUGAGACGAUAUUAGAGAAAUUAUUGUUUUACUUUUUCAAAAUGUUUGGAAUGGCUACGAUGAAAUAUGAAAUUUCAACGAUAAAAAACGAAAAAAUAAAGAAACGUAGAUUGUUUACUUAUUCCAAAAUUGAUAUCGUAUACAAUUCAUUUUUGAUUCUUGUAACGACUAUUCUAAACAUCAUCCUGGUCGGGUUGAAAAUAGAUGAUAAAACUUCUUUGCCGAACGUGCGAGGAGUCCAGAAAAUUACGGACGUCGUACAAUUUGGAUUCGCCACGUUGACCUGCGUAUUUAUACUCGUGUAUUUUUGUGCUCGGCAGAAAAAAGCAAUCGAAAUGGCUGAUCAGAUCUGCCAAAUAUACGGUUCUAUGAUAGUCAACAAUUGUGACACGGGUGAGAAGAGAAGUAUUUUGUUGAUUACUCUAUUCGUUUUCAGCAUCAAUUUCAUCUUCUGGCUUGUGAUGAUCAUUACCUCCGUAAAUGUCACCAUGGCUACUCCGAAUAAUUUGAUAUUUUAUUAUCUAGCUGUUUAUUCUUGUCACGUGAUUAUGCAGACUUUGCUGAUGCAGUACAGCAUCAUUCUCAACAUGAUAGGCUACUUUUUCUUACAUAUCAAUAAAUCAUUGGUUAUCCUUCUAAAGAAACCCAAUCAGUUGUUCUUAGACGCACAAUGUCGUAACAUUGAUAAAACCAGGGGCGAGAGGCUUUUGAAAAUGCGUAAAACAUAUCUGAUCCUCUGUAAAAUCUCAGAAGACAUAUCAGACUUUUAUUCACCACUUAUGUUUUUUUGCCUCUCUGUCACCUUUGUGACGCUCAUACGUUCCGGGCUUUACAUAGCUGUAUCUAUUGCUGAUAAGGAAUCUAAUUUAACGAUCAAAGGUAUGAUCCACUGUAUUGGCUACGUAGUUCAUUAUUACUUUUUGCUGGUGAUGUUGACCAAAAAAGCAUCCAAAAUUGUCACUGAGAGCAAAAGGACAGGAGAAAUCGUGAGCGAUUGUGUCCAUUACGUGGAUAAUCAAGAAAUAAUUCUGAACCAGUUCUCCAACUACUUGCUUCAUAAGAAAAUUAAAUUUACCGUUUUCAACCUUUUUGUCUUGGAUGAAUCUUUAUUAUUGUUGUUCGCAGGUUCCAUGGCGACAUAUUUGGUUAUCAUGAUGGAUUUUUAA